GGGGGGGGGGGGGGGGUUAAAUUAAGAAGCCGCCGUGCCGGUUAUAUCUGUAGAAAAUAUCGUUUAGAUUUAAGGAUUUCUCACUCAAAUGCUAUGUCACCUAAUCUGGGUUCUGACUCCAAGACUGUGUUUCCCAUUUGAAAAGUAACGACAAAAAUUAUUGAAGAACUUGGACCCAAUGCCACUUUUUGCAUGUGCAAGAUUUAACAGAGUCUUGACAGAGUGGUUAGUGAGUGGAUUUAUAUCCCUUAACGAUAAUUAAUUAGCUAGUUGAACAGCAGAAAGGCUUAGCUAGUGAAGAACUAAGUCAUUUGAACCAUGAAGGUUUUUGUUAAGUCGUAUCAAACAUUUGAAACCAAGUUUGGGUAACCCAUCAAAAAUAUUUUAAUCGCACAGCCAACUAGCCAGAUACAAAAUAGUUUAUUUUGUUGUAAGAUUUUUAGAAUUAAAACGAAGAAAAAUCACAACAACAACACGAACACGAAUAUAUCCGGAAACAAAAUUGUCUAUAUUGCUUAUUAAAUAAAGACAAAACAGCAAAUAGUUUUUCAGAGAAUGCAAUCAGUAUCAUGUGAAACAUAUCUGAAUUCUUUAUAUAUUUUAUUGAAGUAUGUAUCUGUAUCACAUAAUUUAACUAUAUAAACUAACACUAUAAUAGAAUUGGAUGAAACUCAAAAGCAAUUUGCAAGAAAAUAAUAUAUAAUUUUUAAAAAAUAAACGAUGAUUAUUAUAAAUAUUAUUUUGGAAAAUUUCCUUAAUUGAGAAAACAUUAUCACUGAACUACAUGAUUUGAUUGUUGCUGCUUCAUUCUGUUUCCACUAUAUAAUCUCUAAUGUGAAACAGAGUUCGUAGCCUGCUUUUAAUAUCUAAAUUAGCGUAUUUGUUCUUUACAUGUCGUGUCAGAUUCUCUGAUUAGAUGUUUUUUUUGUGUGUCUAUUGCAUGAUUAGAUGUUUACGCGUAAUUAGGGAUUUAUUUUCUAAUAAAAAAAUAAAAUUCUAUAUCAAAGCAUAAAUCUAGAAGUAAAAAGUUUAAUCGAUGCUUAUGACUAACCUGAGUCAAAAGCAAGAAAUCACUGAUGUGGGAACCUGUCACUGGUCCACUUGUCAUCAUUACACAUGAGCUGCCCAUGUAAGAGAAUCUUUAGAACUUGUCUUCUUCUGUGGUUAGUCCCUCACCCUGUAAACCGUUCAACAUGUUACCAAGAGUAAUCAACUAAAAGAAGUGUUUGAAAAUGCACAGAGUAAAGUAUUUUAUUAGAUACUUAACGAAUACUACUAGCAUUUGUAUUUUUAUCUUUUUCGGCCAUAAAAAUUCUAUUCUGACCAUCUUUUUUCCCUUACCUGGUCCAUUUCUUGAUUCCUGUAUGUAUGUAUAUAUAUUGGCCUCCAAUUGCUAAGUAAAUGGAUAUUCCACCAUAGUCACAAUCUCAUCAAGUAGAAACUCCAUUAACAAGAUUGCGUCCUCUUUCUCCUUCUCCUUCUUCUCUCAAAUUUUCAAAUCUUUACUUCCUGUCAAAAGAAGAAACUCCAAAGCAUUUUUGCUGUAAAAUCUCAAUGUCUGCCACUUAAAUAUAUAGUACUUGUUAACUUUUCUUCCUCCAAACGUACCAACACUACUCCGUUCUUAUAAUUUCACAUUCAUAAUCAUUUCUUGUGUAAGCCUUCUUGUGGGUUCUUGCAGCAUUAAUGGUGCACUGAGUCUGUGUAAAGUAGUUAAACCACCUUUCCCUGCAAAAUAAAAAUUCGUUUUUUUACUCUCUUUUUCAGAAAACGUUAAGACAUAGGUCAGGUCAAGUUGAUGUAGUAAAGGUCAGAACCAACGUGAGAGAGAGAAAGAAAAAAAAAAGUUCGUUAGCUUGUGAUACUUGUCACAAGUUUCCUCACUAUAUUUAUAACUACCUUGCUGAAGAGAAAACCCUCAAAACUUCAAAACAAAGAAGAUGUCAAUCUCUUGCACUAGAAACUUCUUUGAAAGAUUCUGCGUCGAAGAAUACAAUAUGGACGCAAGAAAACACAGCAGUUUCCUCUCUGCUGAUCUCUUGCCAUCUCUUGGAGCAAGAAUUAACCAAUCAACCAAGCUUCGUAAACACAUAAUCUCUCCUUUUGAUCCACGUUUCAGGGCAUGGGAGAUGUGGCUGGUCAUUCUUGUCAUUUACUCGGCUUGGAUUUGUCCUUUUGAAUUUGCAUUCAUUACCUACAAGAAAGACGCACUAUUCAUAGUAGACAACAUUGUCAAUGGCUUCUUUGCUAUUGACAUUGUUCUCACCUUCUUCGUUGCGUAUCUAGACAGCCACUCUUAUCUUCUUGUCGACAAUCCUAAGAAAAUAGCUAUAAGGUACCUUUCUACUUGGUUUGCCUUUGAUGUCUGCUCCACAGCUCCAUUCCAGUCACUGAGUCUUCUCUUCAACUACAAUGGAAGCGAAAUAGGAUUCAGAGUUCUUAGCAUGCUCAGGCUCUGGCGUCUCAGACGAGUUAGCUCACUGUUUGCAAGGCUUGAGAAAGACAUCCGCUUCAACUACUUCUGGACACGUUGCACAAAACUCAUUUCAGUUACACUCUUUGCAGUGCAUUGUGCUGGAUGCUUCAACUACCUCAUAGCAGAACAAUAUCCUGAUCCAACAAAAACAUGGAUAGGAGCUGUGUACCCAAAUUUCAAGGAGGCAAGCCUUUGGAGCAGAUAUGUAACUGCUCUCUACUGGUCAAUUACAACAUUAACAACAACAGGAUAUGGAGACUUACAUGCUGAGAAUCCAAGAGAAAUGUUGUUCGAUGUCUUUUACAUGCUCUUCAACUUGGGAUUCACAUCUUACCUGAUUGGUAACAUGACCAACCUAGUUGUUCACUGGACUAGCCGCACCAGAACCUUUAGAGAUACUGUUAGAGCUGCUUCGGAGUUUGCAUCAAGAAACCAACUCCCACCAAACAUACAAGACCAGAUGUUAUCACACAUUUGCUUGAAGUUCAAGACAGAAGGUCUGAAACAGCAGGAGACUUUGAAUGGUCUGCCUAAAGCGAUCCGGUCAAGCAUUGCAAACUAUCUAUUCCUCCAUAUCCUUCAGAAAGUCUACCUCUUUGAAGGAGUUUCUCGCAACUUCCUCUUUCAGUUGGUUUCAGAUAUUGAUGCUGAGUACUUCCCACCUAGAGAAGAUGUGAUUCUACAGAACGAAGCUCCUACUGACCUUUACAUUCUAGUCUCAGGGGCAGUGGAUUUUACUGCUUACAUUGACGGUGAAAAUCAGGUUCAAGGAAAAGCAGUAGUUGGGGAUGCAUUUGGAGAGAUUGCUGUUUUAUGCUCUACACCACAGCCUUUCACAGUUAGGACAACAGAACUAUCUCAAAUACUACGGGUAAGAAAAAAAUCUCUAAUGAGUGCUAUGAGAGCUCAUGUUGAAGAUGGACGUAUCAUAAUGAACAACCUUUUCAUGAAACUUAGAGGGCAACAGUCAAUAGCAAUUGAUGAUGCAAACAACCAACCAGAACCAGACUUCCUCCUCCAGAAGUGGCUUAGUGGUGGUCCAAAGAGAGGAGAAGGUAACACCAGUGGUCAAGGAAAGGGGCACAAAUAUUUACAAAUAAAUGAUUCAGAGAGUAUUGAUUUGGAGUCAACCAGAAGAACUCAAGAACAUAGGAUUGAGAUAGAAGAAGGGGAAAAAGCAAACAAAGAUAUUAAUGGGAAGAGUUGUUCUCAUGCAGAUCUCACUUCAUUUAAGUUUCCUUCACCGGAAACAUAUCCAUAUUGCAAAUUCAGUAAACAAGAAGCUGUUAAGCCGGAAGAUAGGAGAAUUACCAUCCACUUGAAGUCGCAAGGGAAAGAUUUGUCGAAGCUCAUAAUCUUACCUGCUUCCAUGGAAGAUCUUAUGAGACUUGCAGGUGAAAAAUUUGGAGAUAGAAGCUUUACAAUGGUCACCAGUGCUGAAAACGCAGAGAUUGAUGAUGUAAAUGUCAUUAGAGAUGGUGAUCAUCUGUAUUUUUACAUCAGUGAGCUUGAAAGCAUAGACUCUUGACGUGACUUGUAUUAUGAAUGUUAAUUACCCUUCCAUAAAGAUGGAGAGUAUGGCCCUGUUCUUUUAUCAUUGAUGUAAUUUUGUAAUCCAGUGUUAUAUAAAAAUUA